AUGGCAUCCAAGUUAGAAGAAGAGCUUUGCUGUCCGAUCUGCCUUGACAUCUUUAAAGAUCCGGUCAUCCUGUCGUGCUGCCACAGCUUCUGCAGAGUGUGUGCGGAGAACUGCUGGAAGGGGAAGAAGAACAAGGAGUGUCCAGUUUGUAAGAGCAGACAUCAAAAGGGAUCUUUACCUUCUAACUUUGCUUUAAAGGGUCUGUGUGAGAGAUUUCUACAGGAGAGAGCCCAGAGAGCUUCAGGGUCUCUCUGCAGUCUGCACUCUGAGGAACUCAAACUCUUCUGCUUGGACCAUGAUGAGCUGCUGUGUGUCGUCUGCAGAGAUUCCGAAAAACACCGCAACCACAGAUUCCAACCCAUCGAUGAAGCAGCUCAACAACACAAGAAGAAACUUCAGGAAACUGUCAAGUCCCUAAAGAAGAAGCUAAAGGUUUGUGAAAAAGUGAAACUGAAGUUUGAUCAAAUUUCUGGACAUAUUCAGGUCCAGGCCCAAAACACGGAGUGGCAGAUAAAGGAGCAGUUUAAGAAGCUCCACCGGUUUCUUGAAGAGGAAGAGAGAACCAGGCUGCGUGCACUGAGGGAGGAAGAGGAGCAGAAGAGUCAAAAGAUGAACAAGAAGAUGGAGGCUCUGAGCAGAGAGAUAGCAGCUCUUUCAAACACAAUCAGAGCCACAGAGGAUGAGCUGACAGCUGAAGGCAUCCCAUUCCUGAAAAACUACAAGCCUGCAUUGGAAAGAGCUCAGCAGUGCCCCCUGCCGGAAGACCCCCAGAUGCCUUCAGGAGCUCUGAUAGACCAGGCCAAACACCUGGGCAACCUGAGCUUCAACAUCUGGACCAAGAUGAAGGACAUGAUCUCCUACACUCCUGUCAUUCUGGACCCAAACACUAUGGGCUCAGAGCUCAUCCUGUCUGAUGAUCUGACCAGCGUGAGAAGAGGAAAGAAACAGCAGCUUCCUGAUAACCCAGAGAGGUUUGAUCAUUUCUGCUCCAUCCUGGGCUCUGAGGGCUUUAACUCAGGGACUCACAGCUGGGAGGUCGAGGUUGGAGACAGUACUAACUGGUCACUGGGCGUGUUAGCCGAGUCUGCUGAGAGGAAGAGUUUCAUACGGUCUGGAUUAUGGGCAGUAUGGUUCAGUGAUGAUACAUACAGAGCACUCUCCACACAUUCAAACACUGAUCUCUCAGUGAAGAAGCAGCCAAAGAGGAUCAAAGUGACUCUGGACUAUAAUGGAGGAACACUAUCGUUCUCUGAUCCUGAUACUAACACACAUUUACACACUUUCACUCAUACUUUCACUGAGAGGAUAUUUCCGUACAUUUACUCUUUUUAUAGAGCGAAGAUUUUACCAGAGGAUGAUGAUGAUGGAGAUGAUGAUGCUGCUGGAGAUAAAGACAAUGAUGCUGAUGAUGAUGGAGAUAAAGACAAUGACGAUGAUGCUGAUGAUGAUGGAGAUGAUGAUGCUGCUGAUGAUGGAAAUAAAGACAAUGACGCUGAUGAUUAUCAUGGAGAUAAAGACAAUGGUGAUGAUAAUGAUGAUGAUGAUGAUUAUGAUGGAGAUGAUGAUGCUGCUGGAGAUAAAGACAAUGAUGCUGAUGAAAAUCAUGGAGAUAAAGACAAUAGUGAUGAUAAUGAUGAUGAUGAUUAUGAUGGAUGCUGA